AUGCCAACCCAAGAUUUCUUAGCUGUUGCAAUCCAGAUUAAAUCAACAAAAGAGAUAACCACAAAAUUUCAACAACAAACAAUCAAAGAGAUAUAUCUUAUCGAUGAAAGAGGAUUGUCCUUAUCAUCACGUUCAUCAAGUACCUUUACAAUCAAUCCUCAAAUUCCAGAGGCAACUGCAUUGAAGCAAUGGGCGAAUAAUAAUACACUGAAAAUCAAAAGUAUCAUUGAAACGUCGUUGACACAUCUAUCUACUACUAUAUCAUCUAUUGGACUUCAAAAAACCGUCAAAAUUUGUAAUAUUCCCCGUGCAAUGAAGGCUUUGCAAUCUAUGGAGAAAAAAUACUUUUGGAUGGAAGCAAAGAUAAAUAUAAUUGAUUCUGCCCAAAUGUACUAUUACAUGUCGUGUGCGACAUUUCAUAGAAAAAUACGACAUAAGUAUGACGAAAUAAUUGUUUGUGAAAAUCCAAACUGCAAACAGCGAGGCACCCCUACACCACAUGCUAGGGCAUAUGUGCAACUAGAAGAUGAUACUGGAAAGCUCGAUACUGUUAUGUUCGGAGAAGUAGUAGAAAAGACAUUUGGUAGUUCUGCAGUCCAGUUGAUGGAAAAUUCUAUACAGCAACAAAAAAAUGGACAAUCAAAUUGUCCGGAGAUGAAGAAAAAAUGA